UCCUCCCUCCCCUUCUCUCUCUCGCCCCCCUCCCUCCUGCAACCUCCCUCUCCUCCAUGCAAGGCUGCAGGAGCAGCUGGGCUGCAGCUGCCACCGGGGCUGGGAAGGCAUCGGGCGCAUGGAGGGGAGGAGGGCCGGAAGCGUGAGACAGGUAGGCCCCGUCUCUGAAGAAGCGCUGAUGGCCUCAACCAGAGGGUCGCACAGCGAGAUGGCAUUUCAGAAGGCUGCCAAUGAGUCAGGGGAUCUGUGGAAGAGCACAGUUGAAGAGGAAGCCCAUCAGGUAUUGGAAGAGAGCGAUCAAUAUUCAGACGUGGAAAAGGAUGUUGCGAAUCAAGACAGAGUGAAGAAGCCGAAAGGAAAACAAAUAUUUGAAGAGGACAUUGGGUCGGUUGAUGGUAUAGACACUGAUUUCGAUGAAAUUCCAGGUCAUAAACAAUUAAGAAAAGGUGAUAGACAGAAUGAGUGUUCUGCAUAUGUAGAAAACCAUCAUGGUACCUCAAGUGUUAUGACCCAAACUGGAGAAAAACCCAAGCCAUUUAUGUGUCAAGAAUGCGGGAAGAGCUUCAGUAGAACCUCGGAACUGAAUAGACACAAAGAAUGCGGGAAGAGCUUCAGUAGAACCUCAGAACUGAAUAGACACAAAAGAAUCCACACGGGAGAGAAACCCUUUAAAUGCCUGGAGUGUGGAAAGGGCUUCAGUCAGAGCAGAAACCUCACUUCCCAUCAAAGGAGCCACACAGGGGAGAAACCAUAUAAAUGCCUAGAGUGUGGGAAAUGCUUCAGCAAUAGCGGAAUUCUUACCACCCAUCAAAGGAGCCACACAGGCGAGAAACCCUAUAAAUGCCUAGAAUGUGGGAAGUGCUUCAGUCAGAGCGGAAUUCUUACUGCCCACCAAGGAAUGCAUUCAGGGCAGAAACCCUUCAAAUGCCUGGAGUGUGGGAAGAGAUUUCGCCAGCUCAUCCACCUUACCUCCCACGAAAGAAUCCAUACGGGAGAGAAACCCUUCAAAUGCCAGGAGUGUGGGAAGAGUUUUCGUCAGCACAUCCACCUUACCUCCCAUAAAAGAACACAUACAGGGGAGAAACCCUUUAAAUGCCAGGAAUGUGGAAAGAGUUUCAGCCAGAGCUCACAUCUUAUCAGGCAUGAAAGGACCCACACUGGAGAGAGACCCUUUAAAUGCUUAUUGUGUGAAAAGAACUUCGGGCACAGCUCCGAACUUGUUAGGCACGAAAGAACCCAUACGGGAGAGAAACCCUUUAAAUGUCCCGAAUGUGAAAAGAGCUUUAGUCGGAGCUCCGAGCUUAUUCGGCACAAAAGGAUCCACACAGGAGAGAAACCCUUUAAAUGCUUGGAGUGUGAUAAAAGCUUCAUCGAUAGUACAAACCUCAUUAGACAUCAGAUAAGCCACACGGGGGAGAAACCAUAUAAAUGCAGUGAGUGUGGGAAAUGUUUCAGUCAGAGCCGAAGUCUUAUGGCACAUCAAAGGACCCACACAGGAGAGAAGCCCUUUAAAUGCCUGGAGUGUGGGAAAUGUUUUAGUCAGAGUGGAAUUCUUACCGCCCACCAAGGAAUGCAUACGGGGCAAAAACCCUUUAAAUGCCUAGAGUGCGGGAAGCGUUUCCGUCAGCACAUCCACCUCACUUCCCACAAGCGAAUCCACACAGGAGAGAAACCCUUUAAGUGCCUGGAGUGUGGAAGGAAUUUCCGUCAGCACAUCCACCUCACUUCCCACAAGAGAAUCCACACGGGAGAAAAACCCUUUAAAUGCCUGGAGUGUGGAAAAAGUUUUAGCCAUAACUCGAUCCUCAUUUCUCAUGUAAGAACCCACACGGGAGACAAACCCUUUAAAUGUCUGGAGUGUGGGAAGUGUUUUACCUGGAGCACGCUCCUUAUUAGACACGAAAGGACCCACACAGGAGAGAAACCCUUUAAAUGCCAGGAAUGUGGGAAGGGCUUCAGCGAGGCCUCCCUGCUUAAUAAACACCAGAGACGUCACACCGGGGAGAAGCCAUUCAAAUGCUUUGAAUGUGGAAAGGGGUUUUUUUCAAGCACACUUCUUAUUCGGCAUCAAAGAAUCCACACCAGGGAGACCCCGUUUAAUGCCUGGUGUGUGCAAAACACCUCCGUUGAAACUCAGGACGUGUUAGAUGUAAAAGAAUUCACAGAGGGGAAUAAAGUCAUAAAAUAAGAGAACAUUAGUAUUCUUGUAGGAAAAGAAAAGUGGGUUGCUUCGCAUUGCUUUGAUGCGGUGAAGUGACCCUGCUUAAAAUCUGGAAUGGACCGUAACAAAAUAAAGGGCCAUUCAGACAUCA